AGCCGGGCAGAACGCCGACCCCAUUUAGAAGUUACAUGUGAUUUGUUGACUGACAGAUUCUACCUAACAAGUCACGUUGCACAUGCGAUGUCUCUUCAUCACUAUUGAACUCCUGGUAACAAUGUCUGACUUCAUCGCUGUAUCAGCCCUCAAGAACUACCUGACUGAGUGCCCUAUCUGCAAAGAACAGUUUGAUGAGGCCUCCCAUCUCCCCCGCCGAAUAACAUGCUGUGUACAGUGCAUAUGUCAUGACUGUCUCCAGAAGAUCUACAAGGAAACAGACAAGACGUUGCUUUGUCCAAUCAGUCGCCACAAUCAUCAUCUUCCCGGUGGAGUUGAGUCUCUCUCAAGCGAACCCCUCAUCCUAAAAAUCAUUGAUGACUUCAAGAUCCACAAAGGUCUCCGCUUGCCAUGUACAGAUUGUCCGGACAACAACGAGGCUGUGGCCAGAUGUGAUGACUGCUGUGUCUUCAUGUGCACAGAGUGUAAAACAUCACAUGGCCGACACAGGUUAUCUAGACAUCACACGACAGUUACCUUUGAGGAGAUGAAAGGUCGACCUGUCCAGAGCUUUCGUCGUUUACAUGAAUGUAGUCAGCAUCAACAGACACAGCAAUUUUACUGUUACACUUGUGACAAGAUCAUAUGCGUGUCCUGCACUGUGCUUGAUCACGAUAAAGGAAAUGGACACAACGUUGUAUCUGUGGCCGAGGCACACCAGGAAAAGGCAAAAUCUACUGAUAAAACUUUGGCGAGACUCGAAGAGAAGAAAAACAAAAUUUCUAAAACAAACACAGAACUGACGAAAAAGUUAAAAACCAUCAUGGUAUCAACAGAAGCUGCUAAGCAGGACAUCAAUCAGACCUUUGACAACCUGAUUGAUCAGAUACAGGAAAGAAGAGCCAUUCUGUUGUCAGAUGUUGAGGAGAAAUCCACCAACUCACGUAAACAAACAGAAGAGGCCCAGGAGUCAACCCGGACAUUGCUGACUAAACUGAAGUCUUCCACUGAAUAUACAAAACAGAUGAGGGGGAAAGCUGACCAGAUAGAGGAUCUACAACUGAUGUUGUCUUCUGUCGGCUCCUUUAACACCUUGUUGGAGGAGUCACCAAAGGAAGUUGGGUUCUUUAGAACAGGUGUCAGUUUUGUCUCUGCCAACUUAGAUCAUCUUAUCACCACUAUCAAGUCGACAGUACUGGUGAGGUCUAUCACAUACUCCCCGACUCAGAGGCCAAACACUAUACCAGAGACUGCCAUGUAUAAUAUCAUCACUCUGGAACCUUCAGUGUUACCUGAAGUGGCUGAUGUUGACAAGAGAAUUAUUUCUGGAAAUGAUGAAGUUGUUAGAUGUCCGACCCUGGAGUGGGACUCCAACACAGCCAGCGGUGAAGUCACUAUAUCCGGGUCUGUAAUCACUAAUUCCAGGCCAGAUCCUCCUCAACCAGACACCGGGUGUCGGAUGCAUUCAGGGAGACGUGUACUGGCGUCACGGCCUCUGGUCAUCAGGCGUGGCCAUCGUGACAUGUUUCAUGUUACGUGUCGAUUCACAGUGAGACGGGUGACAGAGGAAAAUAUGAUGAUAUUUGAGACAGCACUGGUCUCUUCCCCUGUAGAUACACCCUGGUGUCAACAAGCCGGUUUGAGCGUAUGUGUUGCAACAUGCACCAAUCACAAGCAGCACCUGUGUCUCAAGGUGAGAUAUGACAACAGACUCCUCACUGAUUCCUGCCUCACUAAGAACCAGAUUGGGGAGUCACGUGACUUACACUUAUGUUUCUUACUGGACGGGACAAAGGGGAAACUCUACGUUGUUGAUGUUGUUGCGGUCAAAGUGAUCUGCAAGGUCAAUGAUGCUGCAUUUGACAGGCCACUGUGGGUCAUGGUGUCUGUAGAUAUACCCAAGGUCUCAGACAUGAGAGUAGAACUAAUAUCCGGCCACGAUACGACUGUGUCUGAUGGGGUGUCUCGACUGUUGUUAUCACUUGACUAAAAGUUCUACUGACAUUUUAACGAACACCGCACCCAGUACCACAUUUAACUACAUCAUGAAGAAAAGUAUGCCGACUGCAUGUGUCAUACAAUGGGAAGUUAUCUAUGCUGACUUUAUGUGACACACAACAGGAAGUAAUGUAUACCGACUUCAUGUGACACACAACAGGAAGUAAUGUAUACCGACUUUAUGAGACACACAACAGGAAGUAAUGUAUACCGACUUCAUGUGACACACAACAGGAAGUAAUGUAUACCGACUUCAUGUGUCACACAUCAGGAAGUAAUGUAUACCGACUUCAUGUGACACACAACAGGAACUCAUGUAUACCGACUUCAUGUGACACACAACAGGAAGUAAUGUAUACCGACUUCAUGUGACACACAACAGGAAGUAAUGUAUACCGACUUCAUGUGACACACAACAGGAAGUAAAGUAUACCGACUUCAUGUGACACACAACAGGAAGUAAUGUGUACCGACUUCAUGUGACACACAACAGGAAGUAAUGUACACCGACUUCAUGUGACACACAACAGGAAGUAAUGUAUACCGACUUCAUGUGACACACAACAGGAAGUAAUGUAUACCGACUUCAUGUGACACACAACAGGAAGUAAUGUAUACUGACUACACGGGACACAUGUCGAGGGCUCAGCGGAAACCUUCGUAUAUGAAGAGUAAAAAUGUGUGAAUAAAAGCAACAAGACCCUUUUCCAUGGCCACCAAAAAUAUCUGUUGAAAGCAGACUAGAAUGUACGGUUCUGACUGUAUCAUGAGCAUGUGUUGAUGAAUCACUAUCAAAUCGUGAUGAAAGCAUAUGUUCGAGAAAAGGUGAACGUUUCCUGCCCAACUAGUGGCACCCGUCAGAAACACAUGCAAAGGCAAGACAAUUGGUCACCUGAAAAAACACGGGAACAUAUGGUACAAGUCAAGAUAGGGAAUUGCAUCGGACA